UUAAGGAUACUAAUGGGAAAGAGAACACCACUGUCUUUAAGAUUCAGUUUUUUAUGUACUGAAAGUCUUCACAGCCAUUCCUGUGAGAUCAUGGCCUACUAUGAUAUCCUGGGACCUACACCUUCCACAGAUUUAAAACUUCACCUUUACCGCAAGCUACACCUCUGUAAGGAUGGUGACGAGGCCCAGCUGUGUGCCUUGGCCCUCCUGCGAUACCAAGUGGAUUUUGUCAAGGCCUCUGGCUUAAGGGUGAAGGAGCUCAUUCGUUUGAUGAUACAUUGGCUCAAGACAUCGUUUGCCAGCCCCACCGAAGAGAACAAGUUUCGGAGACUUCCCUCCUCUUACACAGUGGAGCUCCUCACCAUAUACAUCUGGGAACGGGCGGAGAAGCCCCUGUCCUUCAGCCUGGUGCAGGGAAUGAGGGCAGUCCUCAAACUUCUGGUUCAAUAUGCAGCUAUCGACGUGGUUUGGCACAGACACUAUCAUCGCAAGUUCCCCAUUUUUGUAAAAGUUAACCAGAAGCGCACAAGGCCAUUCAUUUUAGACCCUGUAAAUCCUACUGUCAAUGUGUGUGACACCUGCAAUGCCUGGGAUGAAGUUGCCCAUGUGGCGAAACUCAGCUUACGGAAGCCUCUCUUCAGCGGAGUGAGAGCUGAGCCCCCCUGGCUUUUCACAGAUGCCUGGUAAACUGGGUGAGGAGCUCCUUACUGUGCUUGCAUUUCUGUGGAGAAAUAAAAAGGGUUCAAAACAUAUUGCCAAGC